AUGCGCUUCUCGCUCUCCGCCGCCGUGGCAGCCCUUGCGGCUGUCCCUCAAGCUUCGGCCUUCAAUGUCGACCAGUGGGAUAUCCUCGCGGGCAAGGCGCUGGUCAACCAGAUCGAGUACCAGUACACGAAGCCACGGUACUUUAACAGUACUUGCACUCCUCAGAAUGCGGCCAUCCGUCGUGAAUGGGGCUCGCUGAGCAAAAGGGAGCGCAGAGAGUACAUCGACGCCGUCCAAUGUCUGAUUGACUCGCCAUCCAAGAUUGACCCUUCAUUCGCUCCUGGAGCGCGCACACGAUUCGACGACUUCGUUGCGGUUCACAUCAACCAGACCAUCUUCAUCCACACAACCGGCAACUUCCUGACAUGGCACCGCUACUUCACCUGGGCGUACGAACAAGCCCUGCGCAAUGAAUGCGGUUACAAGGGCUACCAGCCAUACUGGUCGUGGCCCAAGUACGCCGACGACCCCCUGAACUCCCCCAUCUUCGACGGCUCCGAGUACAGCAUGUCCGGUGACGGCUCGUACAUUCCCCACGAAGGGCCUACCGCAGCCCCCGGUAUCGUUCUUGAGCCCGGCCACGGCGGCGGCUGCGUGACGUCCGGUCCUUUCAAGAACUUCACAGCAAACCUCGGCCCCCUAGCCGUAACGCUCCUGGUCCCCGGCCUCGACGUCCAAAACGGCACCGGACUCGACUACAACCCGCGCUGUCUCCGCCGCGACAUCAACGUCGACGCCGCCUCCUACACCAAAAUCGACAACGUCCUCGACCUCUUCAACCGCUCCACAAUCGCCGACUUCCAGUCCCGCCUGCAGGGCGACUUCGCCAACGGAUACCUGGGCGUCCACAGCGGCGGCCACUACACCAUCUCCGGCGAUCCCGCGGGCGACUUCUUCGCGUCCCCCGGCGACCCGGUCUUCUACCUGCAUCAUUCAGCCAUCGACCGCGUGUUCUGGACGUGGCAGAACCUGGCGCCGCGCGAGAGGACGUUUGUCGUUGAGGGGCCGACCAUCCUGCCUGGUCUGGGCAUUGAGAACCCGGCGAAUGCGACGCUCGAUGAUGUGCAGUAUUUUGAUGUCCUUGCGGAGGAUCGCACGAUUCGCGAGUUGCUGGAUACCACGUCGGGGCCGUUUUGUUAUAUUUACCUUUAG